CCUUUCUACUCUCACGCCAUGGCAGAACGACGCCUUACGAUGGACAAGGUCGUCGGAUACCCACGAGUCUUUAGUGGAGUCAUCCUAGGCCGUAGCCCUUUUACGCGCAUAGUAGCCAAGGAUCCAGUAGCGACACUAGGGAAGCUCGCUGUUCUUCCCAGCGAGCUUAUGGACAACAUCAUUUCCACAUGUUGCGAUAUCCAGACCACUGUCGCAUCCUUUUCACUCGUCAACAGAGGUGCACGCAACGCCGUCGAUGAAUCAUUUGCUUUCCAACGCGUCUCCUAUUAUGCCCCCGAUGCACUCGCAGCAAUGCUUCGAACACAAGCUGGCUCUUUUUUCACCCUCGAGGACCUCUACGAUACUCUUUGCCGCAGUUCCUCGUGUUUCUCAUGUGGUGGUUUUGGCCCCCUAAUCUGGCUCCUUGAGUGCCGACGAUGCUGUAUGCCCUGUCUUCGUUCACCCGAACUCCUUCCCAUCAACGAGUAUGCGGCAACCAAGGUGUUUGGAGUAUCAGCAGCUACAUUAGCGGGUCUACCCGCCGUUUGCUCUGAAAGCGAGGCACAGCUCAUGGCUCGUAUCAACUCCACAGCCCAACGCAGAGAAGCAUACGAGUCUUACAUGUCCCGGCGGGUCAUUACAGACAAGAAGCUUCAUGCCCGGUGGAUGGUAGCCGCCCCUCUGCCUUAUUUCAACAGACGCUCGGGACAGAUUGACAAUGACGGGCUCUCCUGCUUAGGUUGUCGACGGGCGUUUCACUCGGACGGCACCUAUGACGACGAAGGCUACUAUAAAGUAUACCGCCGAUAUGAUACAGUUUAUACGAUUCCGGACCUCAUCGAGCACGUACGGACAGAUUGUCCAAAAGGGCAGCGGAUAUGGAAGAAGUAUUUGAAGGAGUCGAAACAAAGAAAUGAACAAAAUACUACUGAGUAG